AUGCGUUUGACCGUCGAGCUCAUCCAGAACUCCCUCUCAUACAUCAACCCACUCAAAGACCGCGAGCUGGACCUCCGAGGGCACAAGAUCCCCGCAAUCGAGAACUUGGGUAUCGCAAAGGAUCAAGAUGCAAUUGACCUUACGGACAACGAUCUGUCCUCCCUCGGCAAUUUCCCUUUCUUCCCUCGACUCCGCACUCUUCUUCUUGCUCGCAAUCGGAUCAAUCACAUUCAACCCAAUCUGGGGUCAUCAAUUCCAUGCCUCACGAAUUUGGUGUUGACGGCGAAUAACCUGGCGGAAUUGGCGGACGUCGAAGCGCUGCGCACUCUUCCCAAGCUCACACACUUGGUUCUGUUGGAGAACCCCAUCACACGCAAAGAGAACUACCGGUAUUGGGUCAUUUGGCUGGCCCCCUCUGUCCGAUUCCUCGACUAUCAAAAAGUAAAGGAUGUGGAGCGGGAAAAGGCAAAGGAGCUAUUCGGAACCGUCGAGCAACCCUCUGCACUGGCUUCCAAGACGAUGGGCAUCAAGUCUCGAGCCUUUGAUUCAUCAAAUGCCGCCGCCACGACUGGCCAAACAGAGAAGGCGAUUCGGGUGAAGCUCACAGAUGCCGAGCGCAAGCGCGUGGAGAAGAUGAUUCGGGAAGCCAAGAGCUUACAAGAGAUCACGCGGUUGGAGAAGGAAUUGAAUGAGGGUCGGAUACCGGGUGGUGCCCUCGGUGCCAGCGACGCUGACGGGGACGAAAAGAUGCAGAUGUGA